GCAGGGACCGUGUCACGCAAACAUGUUUUCAAAGUGAUAUAUCUCGUUUGGUGACUGAGUGACCGUGUUCCAGCGCGAUGGCCGGAGAACGAUGAGGCCCUGACCGCUCUCUGUGCCGGGUAUUACGGGCGCAGGGCCCCCAGCCAGGCCCAGUCAGGUUCACGUUCCGCAAACCCGAGACCCGAGCCGACCCGACUGGCCUCACGGCUCGACACCAGCCAACUCGGUUGUCAACACGCGAGCCAGCCGCCUCAAGAUGAGCAAGCUGUCGUUCAGGGCCCGUGCCCUGGACGCUUCCAAGCCCAUGCCGAUUUACAUGGCUGAGGAACUGCCGGAUCUGCCAGAUUACUCGGCUAUUAAUCGUGCUGUGCCCCAAAUGCCCAGCGGCAUGGAAAAGGAGGAGGAAUGUGAACAUCACUUGCAAAGAGCAAUAUGUACGGGUCUAAUCAUUCCUACUCCCGAAGUAACUGACUUGGCAGAUGCAGAAGCUUAUGACAAGAUAUAUCCAGCUGAUUAUAAGCUACCUCGUCAACUUAUACAUAUGCAACCUUUUGCAAUGGAACAAGAUAUUCCGGAUUAUGAUAUGGAUUCAGAAGACGAAAAGUGGGUUGCAGUGCAAAGCCGUAAAAUGGACUUAACUCCACUUCAAUUCGAGGAAAUGAUGGAUCGUUUGGAGAAAAGUUCAGGGCAGACUGUUGUCACUCUCAAUGAAGCUAAAGCACUUUUAAAAGAGGACGAUGAUUUAAUUAUUGCUGUUUUUGAUUACUGGUUGAAUAAACGUCUCAAAACACAACACCCACUUUUAUUAACAGUGAAAACGGAGCAUCGGUUUGGUUCGGCUGCCAAUAAUCCUUAUUUAGCGUUUAGACGUAGAACAGAAAAAAUGCAAACACGUAAAAAUCGAAAGAACGACGAAACUAGUUAUGAAAAAAUGCUGAAACUCCGUAGGGAUCUUAGUAGAGCAGUUACUCUGCUUGAAAUGGUUAAACGAAGAGAAAAAACCAAGCGGGAACAUUUACACCUUACGAUCGAAGUCUAUGAGAAAAGGUAUCAGGCACAAGAUUUUAAUGGACAAAUAUUGGCAGAAGUAUCGGCGCUAAAGACACCGAGAUCGGCUUUUGCUCCACUAUUUACAAAUCAGUUUGGUGUUCAUCAAAAUUGGGCGAAUAAAGUUUGUAGUAAAGACGAAGUAGUACCCAGAAAAGAAAAAAGACAGUACAAGAAACGAAAACAUAAAACUGACAGCAGGGGAGGAAGUUUAGAAGAUAAUGGUGUACGUGGUGGAACAGGUAGCGGAGGCGGUCGAGGAAGUCGGCCUGGUGUUCUUGGAGGCGGGCUGGACCCGCUAAUGAGCUCAGACGAAGAUAGUCCGCUUCCAUCUCAUUCUCAUUCUCAGCCCUCUGUUCCCUCGGAUCGUGAUGAUGAAGACACCAUUGACGAGGGUCAAUUCGCUUUUCGACGGAAUAAAAAUAGCACUUAUUUACCACCUGUAUCAGGUGGGUUUGGAAAUUGGCCUUGGUGUGAUAAAAACGAUGGGGGCUUGGCUGAUAAGAAGUAUAGGUUUGCGCUGACCAGUAUCACCAAACCAGUGCCAAGGUGUAUUGGUUUUGCGCGGCGGCGAAUUGGUCGGGGUGGAAGAGUAAUAUUGGAUCGUUGUUCGACCGAUAUGGAUGAUAUGUGGUCGUCUUUAGACUUCACGAUACACCAACCAAAACGAGAACCAACAGACUCUGAUACGACUGCCACGUCAACAACUCCAGUCAAAAAGGAGUGGUUACAUUACCGACCAAAGACGCCGCCUGUGUCAGUGCAUAGUCCUAGUGAAGAAAGUAGUGAUACGGACUCGGAUGUAGAGCCAACGGUAUCCCAAACGAAACCGCUUCCGUACCCGUUCCCACCCGAGGCUACAUCCAUCUGUGUAGAAGUAGAGCCGGAACGUGCGGGAGACGAACCACCUUUCACAUCUGAAUUUAAUAUCGCUGAUUAUUUCUUGACGGACUCUGUGUCGGAUUUCGACCUUGCCGUAGCGAGUAUCACCGGUAGUGCGUGUGUUAGUGAACUGUCGGACAAUAACUCUAGCGCCCCGCGGACAGAUGAGCUGGGCAGUUCACAUUUCGUUAUAACUUCGCUACCUAGCAGUCUUUUUGCACAGCCUGCAACACAACAGAGUCGGCCUCAGUGCAGUGGUAGUGGUUCUAGUGUUAUAAAUACUUCUACAAGUUCUACAGUUCCAUUGUCUUUCUCGUGUACGACCAAUCAAGCAACAACAUCGAGUACAGUGUCUACGCAAUGUGCUAGUGCUGCUUCCGAGACACAGUCAAACCAUCAAUUUAAACAACUACAACACAGACAAUUGCCAAACAAUAACAGUACUGCCUCCAUUCUGUCGAAGUCCUUGACUAGUCCAACAAAUAAUAGGAAUGGUGGCAACUGUGGCAGUGGUAGUGCUGGAAUCAGAGUGUUCAGUGCAAGUACCACAACUAGUGGAACAAUAACAAACUUUGGUAAUGGCCAUCAGAAUGGCCCGUUGCCCCAUAUAAACAACUCUAACAAUAUUUCAAAUAGCACUCACAUGGUGAAUAAUCAAUCGACGAUAGUUCUGCCACAAAAACAUCCGCCGUCCAAUCUGUUACCUGGCUUGAUCGCGCAGAGCAAAUUGGCUAGCCUCGCGAGGCAGCAACAACAAACACAAAGUCAGGCGCAACAAAUCCCAACGUCCGGGGAAAUUACGCUUAAUAGUAAUAGUGAAAGUUUGGAUAUGGAGGUGGAUGGAGUGGAAAGUGCAGCUUGCGACGGUAAACCACAGCAGCAGCAGCAGCUUGUACGGACAAACAAAACAAAUUCAUUAGCAAUGGAAGUGACAUGAUGCCUGCUAUCAGCACCCCUGUUGCCGCCAAUACGUCAGUGGGGGCUUCGCUAACUUUACCUUGUCUAUGUCUGCCUGACUUCGGGUACUGGACAUAUACUAUGUGCUCGUUUAUACGAAAUGCGGUACGGCUAGAUUCAAUUGCAGAACUGCUCUGAUCAGUUGCCUGUUGUGGCGAUGAUGAUGAAAUUGAAUCGAUUCCAUUGCAAGUACCACGUUAUUUUUGAUCACAAAAGGAUCGUGCUCUAAUUCUUUUUUCUAAGUCGAUUGUUUCCUUGCUCAUUGA